GUUUCCACGCAAGUAAGAAUUGGUAUUAACACAUUAUUCGCCUUGAAGCAAAUACAUGAUGUGAGCAUAAUUGGGUUCAUUCACCGAGAUGUGAAACCUGCAAACCUAGCUCUUGGAAGACGUGGUACUCGUGAGCACAAAUUCAUACAUUUACUAGACUUUGGAUUAGCUAGAGAAUUUAUUGUAAAUUCUGAAGGAAAAAUCAAAAUGAGAAGGCCACGGCAAAGAGCUCUGUUUCGGGGAACGACUAGAUACUGCUCAAUAAAUACACAUGAAAAGUGCGAGCAAGGACGGGUAGAUGACUUAUGGUGCUUGCUGUACAUGUUAGCUGAGCUACGUGGACCUCUUCCAUGGGCGAAUGCUAGGUACACAAUCAAUUAUAACUAUGAUAUGAGUUUGAGUGCGGGUAGGGGCCUAAUUUACAAUAGCACGACACCCUUGCAUGAUUAUAAGAGAUCACAGGGAUUGAGCAAACUAUCACAGCCUUUAUUCAGUGACAAAAAAGAAGUUCAUGACAUAAAGCAGAACACAGAUAUAGAGGUUGUGCUGGAGAAUUGUCCAGUGCAGUUGAUAAAGUUUGCCGAACACUUGAGGUACAGUAGGAAAGAAACUACUUUUGCAUCUAAUUUCAUGGGCAUCACACUGAACUACUACUCACGUCCUGAUUAUCUGCAUUUAUACACUCUCCUGUCCGACAUCAUGAAAGCAGGCAGGUUCAGAACAGCCUCAAUCAGUGACAAAAGAACAAUUCCAUGACA